AUGGGACCUGAAAAUCCUUUGAGUCGUGGUGACAGCUCUCAUUCUCCCGUGGACAAAAUGAGCAUGGAUUUGGUGCCACAGAACCUGCUGGACAGGGACGCGGAUGACAUUCUUCUGUGUGAUGAUGUGAAGCCGCAAGAUAGUGACCUGUCAGCUGAAGAAAGAAUAUUUUUGGAAGAGUUUCCCAACUUGAAAGGGGAGCUGGACGUGGACAUCCAGAAGCUCCAUGCCCUUGCACAUCACAUUGACACAACACACAAAACCCUCACCAAGACCAGCGUGGUGGCCAAUUCCAUCACCGUGGUCUCCAGAGCCAUGAGCAUCCUGGGCUUAGUCCUUGCUCCGGCGACAGCAGGGGGAAGCCUGGUGCUCUCCACUGCAGGUAGAGUUUUGGGGACAGCAGGGGAGGUCACCAGUAUCUUGACCAAUGUUUUGGAACGUUUUCACAGUCAAGAAGCCCAAGCUCAGGUUGGUAGCCUAAUGCCCUUCCGUGGCCGAAAAGUCAGGCAAGCUGGGACGGACUACAUCAUGGCCGCUGGAAAGGUGAUUCAGAAUUGUAGAAGCACCAUCGAGGAUGUUCAGAAGAGCAUCCGUGCCUUUCAGAUCACCAAGGCCCACCCACACCUGGCCACCGCUGCCAAGCGCCUCCUGACCACUGGCCAGGUCUCAGCCCAAAGGAGCAGGCAGGUGCAAAGGGCCUUCGAAGGUACCACGCUGGUGAUGAAAACCAAGGCUCGCUUGCUGGGCAGUGCGAUGGCUGGCUUUUCCCUCAGCGUGGACUUGGCCUCCCUCCUCAAGGACUGGAAGCAGCUGAAGGAGGGAGCCAGAACAGAGCUUGCAGAAGGGCUAAGGGCCCAGGCUCAGGAGCUGGAAAGGCAGCUGACACAACUCACCCAGUGCUACGAGAGCCUGCAGCAGAGGAAACUCUUGCAAGAAAAAAAGCCUGUGAGCUCUUCAGAGGGAACCAUGGGGACUGUGCCUCUGCCUCCAGCCACGUGUGGGGAAGCUGGAUCCCAGGUGACAGGGGAAGAUGAAGGCAAUUGA